ACAAAAAGUCAUCUCCUCAUAUUUACGUGUUGAACAACUUUGUUCUCAUAGAUAUUUCUUUUAAUGUGCUUGAGUUAUAAAGAAGUAGAUAGUAAUGUAUUUUGUGUUGAUAACAUGUUGACUAUGAACUUAUCAACUGGCAACUCACUUGGCCAAAUUUGGCUAGCAAUGUAGUUUCAGAAGUAACGAUAGCGAACGAGCUAGCUAGCUAGCGAUAGCUAGGUUAGUUUCGGAUACCAAGCAAGUCGGAAGCUAACAUUGUCACCUAUCCUAGGUUGUUUCUUAAUAAAGGAAGUAGCUUUACGAACGUUAAGUGCUUUAGAAUGUCAGGAAUUAAACUGGGCCUAGGAGAUAUGCGAACUUUCAGAAAGAACUGUAUUGUAAACUUUAAAAUAAACACUUACUCAAGAGUUCAUUUUAGUUAGUGCGAUGACGGCUGGGGGUUUAAGUAGCUACCAUUAGCAAUGGAAUUGACCAAGUAGCUAACUGGCUAAAUCUGAUAGCUUUCUAGUUAGCCAGCUGCACUAGACCAUAGCUAGAGGCUUGUCAUGAAGUAAGCUUAGUGUCUGUAUUGUUUCAACAAGUUGUUGUGACUACAUUGUUGUUGGUGAUGUGUGUAAGAUUAAUCAGAGAAGAGUCGAUAAGUAUAAUUCGAUGAUUGUUCAGUGGUCAGGUAGAAAGUGAUACUUGACGUGGUUAAACAUUUGACAAGGUGACAAGCAACGUUAGAUCAGCAGCUAGCAUACCAUUGCCAACCAACUAACGAUACAUAGGGGUACAUGUUUAACCAGUGUGUUUGGUUGGAAACUGCAGCAGAGCUGCACAUUCAUAAAGCUGAAGCACAGUAACCCUCUCUUUGGAAUCCAGUUUGCCCCCCACUGCUCUUAUGUCUAGUAUAAACGUAAAUCGGUUGAAAUGGAAGGUGACACUUUUAUUAGUACCGUGUACAGCUCCCAUCCCAGGCAUGAGUAAAUCAAGGUUAAUCCGUAAAAUAAUCCCUCCUAACGCAAAAUAUAGCAACCGCAGUCUGUUGUUGCUCGCCUGGUUCAUGAAAUCGCGUUUCAGCAGAGUGGUGGAACUGGUUGUUGACAUUGUUAUGAAAUUGUUGUCAUGCUUAACUUACUUCCAAUGUUUUAUCUCCUGUACUGUACUUCCUCACCUCUAUUUCGGUUUCAUGUAGCAUGGUUAUUUGUGAUGUAUAGCCUAGACUUAAAUAAGUGUUCUCCAUACAUUGAUUAUAGUACUGUUUGACAAAGAUUACAGUAACGUCUGGCAGGGAAACGCCAAUGACUUGUGGAAUUAAAUUUAUGCUUAGAAUGGUUUACUUGAGUAACUCUGUCUUUAUGUAUUGCCUUUGGUGUUUUUGUCACUGUGUCACACGAUCGAUUGAGAGUCAAGCAGGUUGAUCUCCAAUUUAAGGCCUGUGAAACCUGCAUCCUAGUAUUGCAUAAUUCACCUAGGCUAUAUGAAAAAAGGCCAAUUGAUGUGGUGAUAUAUGGGACAACAUUUUGAGCAAUGUUGCUGGGCAACCACAUAACCAGUGGUCUUCCAUGUGGUCUGAUUGGAUGAUAAUGACAAUUUGCCUGCUGAAGUUCUGCAGAACUGUUUUUGUCAAUAUUAAUGGGAAACAUGCCUGAACAACAAUACUCAAUAACAUUGCUCAAAAAGUUGCCUUGUGUAUCAGCUUUAGUGAUACAAAACAGUAGUAUGUUUUAGGCUAUUCUUUUUCUUGUUUGUCAAGCAAUUAUAUUAUGCUUAGCACCUUAUCAUGGUCCAUGCAUCAUGUGGUCAGACCUUUGUAAUCACUUCACAUGCUCUUUACAUUUUUACAUUUCUGUGAGUGAGUUUUAUGUAUGUGAGAUAUAUAUGUGUGUAUGUGUGUUUGUUGUGUUAUGGUUGUAUAAGCUACUAGAUGCCUAAAAUUUCUAUCUAUCUAUCUAUCUAUCUAUCUAUCUAUCUAUCUAUACUACACACACACUCUCACCAUCCAUACUUUUAAGACAUAGCAAUCAGUUGACAGUGAUCUCCCCCACCCCCCUUUACAGCCUGUUCAUGAGCCCUCUCUGGUCUCCCUUCCAUAGUGACCAUAACCAUGGCAAUGACGGGCCAGUCGUCCUUCACCACCAUGAGUAAUCAUACCAAGGAGCGCGUCACCAUGGCAAAGGUGACGCUGGAGAACUUCUAUAGCAAUCUGAUCGCCCAACACGAGGAGCGGGAGAUGAGGCAACAAAAGCUUGAGAAGGUCAUGGAUCAGGAAGGACUGAUUGAUGAAGAGAAGCGAAUCCGGCGUUCCCAGCAUGCCCGCAAAGAGACAGAGUUCCUUCGGCUCAAAAGGACACGCCUCGGACUUGAAGACUUUGAGUCACUGAAAGUAAUUGGCCGGGGAGCCUUUGGUGAGGUGCGUCUGGUUCAGAAGAAAGACACAGGGCAUGUCUAUGCCAUGAAGAUCCUUCGCAAGGCAGACAUGUUGGAGAAGGAACAGGUGGGACACAUCCGAGCAGAGAGGGAUAUCCUGGUGGAGGCAGACAGCCAGUGGGUGGUGAAGAUGUUCUAUAGCUUCCAGGAUAAGAUGAACCUCUACCUCAUCAUGGAGUUCUUACCAGGAGGAGACAUGAUGACCCUGCUAAUGAAGAAGGACACCCUCAGUGAGGAGGCCACUCAGUUCUACAUAGGGGAGACGGUGCUGGCCAUUGACUCCAUCCACCAGCUGGGUUUCAUCCAUAGAGACAUUAAACCAGACAACCUGCUGCUCGACUCCAGAGGCCACGUCAAGCUGUCGGACUUUGGGCUGUGCACUGGUCUGAAAAAAGCUCACCGCACAGAAUUCUACAGAAACCUCAGUCAUAGCCUCCCUAGUGACUUCACUUUCCAGAACAUGAACUCCAAGCGGAAAGCCGAAACGUGGAAACGAAAUCGGAGACAGCUGGCCUUUUCUACUGUGGGGACCCCUGACUAUAUUGCCCCAGAGGUGUUCAUGCAGAAUGGCUACAACAAGCUGUGUGACUGGUGGAGUCUUGGGGUGAUCAUGUACGAGAUGCUGAUUGGCUACCCUCCCUUCUGCUCUGAGACUCCUCAGGAGACUUACAGAAAGGUGAUGAACUGGCGGGAGACGCUUGUAUUCCCACCAGAGGUGCCCAUCUCGGAGAAGGCUAAAGACCUCAUCCUCAGGUUCUGCUGUGAACCAGAAAUCCGCAUCGGCACCACUGGAGUGGAGGAGAUCAAGACCAAUGCUUUCUUUGAAGGAGUGGACUACGACCACAUCAGGGAAAGACCUGCUGCCAUUCCUAUUGAGAUCAAGAGCAUUGAUGACACCUCCAACUUCGAUGAGUUCCCUGAGUCGGAUAUCCUUCAACCAACAGUGGUGACCACCAACCACAGCGAGGCGGACCUGAAGAAUAAGGACUGGGUCUUCAUCAACUACACAUACAAGCGCUUCGAGGGCCUGACGGCUCGUGGGGCCAUUCCCUCCUACAUGAAGAGCAGCAAGAGAUAGCCCUCCUCACUCCUCAAGUCCCCUCACUCUGCAGAGGACUCUUUCCUGAGGACUGUUCGCUGCAGUCUUCUGGGUUUUGACUCUUUCCUCUACGCGUUCCUUGUCCUCCUCCUUUUUAAGGGAUUUUUAAACGUUUUAAUCUUGCUUUUUAAAAAACAAAACGAACAAACAAAAAAAACAGACUCACUCGAAAGGUCGCAACCUUUGCCGGCUAGGCCUCUGCUUCCAUAGGAAGGGAAACGGGAAGGUUAUCUGUUAUGGUCUCUCUUCCUUCUUUCCCUUCCUCUGAUCCACUUGAUUGUCAGGACUUCUGGUGGCCUGCCUCUCCCACUCCUGCUCUGGCGGGAUGACCCUGAUGUCCGAAGCUCACUCACGCAGAGGUGCUCUCCUCCUGCCGUCUCAGGGCUUCCACCUGCCUCUAGCACCUCCCUCCCUCCCCUAUACCUCUAUCCCUCCAUUUUUUCUCUCCCCUCUCUACUUUACCUCUAUCCCUCUAUUCCUCCUCUCCCCUCUCCACUUUACCUCUAUCCCUCCUCUCUAUCCCUUUCUGUCUACGCUGCCCUUCUCCAUCUCCAUAUCUUAACUCUUUCUCCUCACGUUCCUUUCACACCUUGUGCGAGUGUUCGGGCUGUUGUAGUGUCACGUGUGCCUCACUCUCACUAAGGGCUACUCUCUCCGUCUCUCUCUCGUCUCUCUCUCCCUCUCUCUCUCUCUCUCUCUCUCUCUCUCUCUCUCUCUCUCUCUCUCUCUCUCUCUGUCUCUCUGUCUCUAUAUCUCUCUCUCCCUAUCUCUAUCUUUCUUUAUUCCUUGUUAAACAAAACAAAUGUCUAGACACUGGAGCCUUUCUGAAUGAGCUGGACCUAUGUAACUCCCUAAAGGAGGAUGAGCUGGACGUGAGCUUCUCUUGACCUUUUCAGCUUUGAAUAGCAGCAGACGGGUAUAAGGGCGGUGUGAGAGCCGCACCCUAACCACGCUCCACUCACAUUCAACCAAAGACCUGGAGGACAGAGACAGUUUCAGGACCAGCAGCUGACUGUCUGUCUUUCUGUCUCUCUCUCUUUCUCUGUUUUUCUGUCUGUCAGUCUCUACAUCACUCCUUUGUCAUUCCUGUGUCUGAGUGCCGUCUCUUUUUUAGCGGGUUUUUCCUCAGACUCUGCAGCAUUCCACAACCUGUGGCACGCGUGUGCACAUAGUCGUGCUUUGACACAACUCCAUAUGUAACCUCAACUUAACCCAUUUCACAGGGAACACUGGCUGUCAACACUUGAGACUUUUCCAUCUGCUCUUGCCACUCCUGCAAGUCAAGUACAUUUGUCAAAGUACUUUAGAUGUGUCCAAGGGCGCCCUCUUCAGGCCUCUGUGAAUGCAGCCAUUAAGUGCAUGGAAUGGCCAUGUAGUUGUGACUGAGUACUGUGAUUCUCGAAACUGCUUUACUCAUUUUGUCGAGGCUUUCUGAAACUUUUUGAAAGUUGUAAAAACCCAGUGACUUAUAACUGGAAGCUGUUGGAAAUGAAUUAUGUUUUGAGGUCAGACAAGCAUACACAAAGUUUGACAUCUAGAUGUGGGUCUUUCUGUCCAGAAUGCAGACACAAUUUCUGUACCGCAAACUAUGUAUGUAUUAUUUAAGUGCAACUUAAUUCUCAACUGCAAACACUGGUUAAGAGUCGCUAAUUAUGUACAGGAAAAGAGGUAGGGCUUGUGGUUUGAGACGUGCUCAUUUGAAUGUAGAUGACCAGACACUGGAGUCCUAUGGACUUUUGUCUCCUGUCCUGUCUUAUAUGGAGAUGAUCUGCUGUCUGUCUGAUCUGGGAUUUGACCUUUGACUCUAGAUCACUUCAGCUCUCAGUACCGUUCCUCUUCUCUCCAGCGCAAUAAGUCUCUUAUCUGUAUUGAAUGCUAUGAUUGCUAAGUAGUUAGAGUAGCAUAGAUAAGCAUAUCACAAUAACCCUGAGAUGCUGUUUGUUUGAGGAGAGGACGCCUUGAGUCUAGAUCUGCCGUGAGUUUGUCCUUCGAUGCUGUUAUGUUCCGGAAUGUAAAAUCAGGACCAAUCGGCGGGUCGUGUGUGCAGAGCAGAGCAUGUGGCGGGGUUUUUUGUGUUUUGUGUGUAAAUAUGUGCACAGGAGCAUGUGUUGUGAUCUGUUUGAAAAAAACAAACAGGGAGUGUGUGUGUGUGUGUGAUGUAUGAGCUGCGCAGCUCUUAGGGGCGGGGCUUCUGCAGGUUAGGAUUCCGCCACUGAUGCAUGCUGGGUAGAGGCUGAUUUGUAAAGCAAAUCACUUCUGGGGAAAGUUUUUAAAAAAUUGUUUUCUUUUUUUUUUUUUUUUUAAUUAUGCUGCUUGAGUAGAUUUUUUUUUUGCGUGAUUGUUUGCGAGUGCCGAAGCUCGUAUGCAUUAGCUGUUAAUAUUGAUGAGGAUUUUGGGGAUUUAAGUUGGGACACUGUUAAUCAGAACCCUCCUCACACCGAGUGUCAUCAGACUUUCCGCUGACUCACAGAAGGGACACAGACACCGUCAACCAGCCAGCACUGUGCAGAGUUACUCAUUUUAAACCGUACAUACUCACUCAGCUGGGAUAACACUGUGCCACGUUUACUCAUACUGGGCUUCCCUGACACUGCUGCCUUAUUACCUUUGUUAACUUGCUCAACACUGUGCUGACUUAAACUCCCUGAUUCUGUACAGCAUUAAACACCACCAUCACCUGCAUUAAAAACUGUAAACCACCAGCGCUGGAAUGAACCUGGAGUGAUCCAACCAGCCCAGCAUUAGACACACUGAAAUCACCAGCACUGCAUUAAGGUCUGCGCUCUCAGCACAGCACGAAGCAUGUUGCACAACCAGACGUUCUGCUGUAUUCAGCGUUGCAUAGUGGGCUGCCUCACGGCAGUGGGCAGUGUGGGUUUGCUCUGGUGAGUGCUGGCUUGUUACACAGCUGUUUUGUGUCGAGCUCCUCCUAGUGUAUAGGAGGCGUUUAUCAACUGUGGGUCUGAACCUGAACGCCCAGUGGUCUUUCAUUGGUGCCCAGGAUUUCUCAGGAUGCAGGAGGUCUGUGUGUUAUGCACUGUGUUACUGGCGUUUUGGUGAAUGGUCGUGUAAUACAGCCUGCCGGUAAGUCCACUCAGAAUGGACUGAUGCUGGUAGGCUGGAUGCGAGUGAAAUGACUUGCCUGUUUGGAGGUGGGGGAAAGUUAUUUGCCCAACUGGGUGUUUGUGUGUGGUGAUGGAUCACUGAAUGGCUAAUACUCAAAUUAUGCACUUUUUUCAGGUAGAGAGUAGAGUUAUUGGUGAUGUAUAAAAAAAAAAAUUGCCUUUUUCUGCCCUUUUUCUUCAUUGAUUGCUGGUAAAGGUGUAGUUAUAAACCAGUUAAUGUACAGCGGUGAGACAAUGAGCAUGUAUGUAGAAAGCUGCUUAGGCUGUUGGAGGCUUUUGCAAUUGUUACUGGAUGUGUAAUGUUGCUUUUGGGUUCUUGCCCUUCCUUGUUUGAGCACCUUUCUGUGGAUGGUUAACAGUUUGUUUUUGUGUGUGCUGCUGACCAGUUAAAAGCAAUAAAGCACCUCAUGACAUGAAACCCAA